CUGCUGCUUGCGCAAAAAAGAAGAAGAAGUAGACAAAAAAGCGACGAAACGAAACAAGAAACAAAAAGAAGCAGAGAGGCAGCACCAAGCAGUGAAAACGCACGAAAAGUUUCUUAGUUUUUAUUUAGUGUUUAUUUUUUUUUACUAUACUUGUGCUUGUUUGUGCGUUAAUUGCUGGCAAUUUCGUCGAAUAACGGUUAUUGGACAGCUGGCCGCGAGUGUAAACAGAAAGUGCUGCCCUCUCAUAUCGCCCCUCUCGCUCUCCCCCCUCGCACUCGCUCUCGCUCUCGCACAGUCUCACAUCAAUUCGUAAUCUCAAGAAAUUGUUAUCAGAAUUUUUAGACGUAUUCCCCAACCUUGGGUUAAAAAUACACAUAGUAUAUAGGUUAACAUAAUUAAAGCCGUGCUAAUUGAUAAUCUGUAUUGUACAACCGACAUGGCAGCGACGCCAGCGCCAGCAGCGACGCCGGCAGCGACGUCGGCAGCAACGAGUGCAACGAAAAGUCCUGCGAAUCCGAAUCCAUUGUCCUGCGAAGAGGAAACCCUUCUCCGCGGAUUGAACAAACUCCGCACCGAAAACAAACUCACGGACGUCACUCUUAUCGUCGAGGAGCAUCGAUUCAAGGCGCACCGCGUUGUCCUGGCGGCCAGCAGCGAUUACUUUUGCGCCAUGUUCGCCGACUGUGCCAUGAUCGAGUCGCGCAAGGACGAGAUAAAUCUGUACGGGAUUACGGCCCGGGCGAUGGGCUCGAUCAUCGACUAUAUAUACACGUCGCUGUUGGAACUGAACUAUGAUAAUAUCGAGGAGAUCCUGGCGGCAGCCACUCACGUACAGGUGCGCGAGGUGAUCGAGCGAUGUACCCUGUUUCUGGGCACCAAGAUCGAGAUGGAGAACUGCCUGGCCAUUGCUGGCAUGGCCGAUAUCUAUGGGAUUAUGGACUUAUCGGAGCGGGCACACCGCUAUAUAUGCGCCCACUUCGAGGAGUUUGCGACAACGUCGGACUUCAAGGAAAUGAAGGUGGACCAGCUGCGCUUCAUCCUCUCCAGCAACUAUCCCAUCGAUGUGGCCGAACAGGAACUGGUGCGUCUCGUGUGCAGCUAUGCCCUGGAACAGCACCUGGAGGAGAGCGUCCUGGGGGAUCUGCUCAGACUGAUCAACUGGCCACACAUCAGCUACAAGUCACUGGACGAACUGAGGCAUCUGAACUGCUCGCUGGACGAGGGCAAGCAACUGCAACUGCCCACCACCUACUACAAUCGAAUAAAACAGGAGUGCAUGGGGCGACUGCUGAACGGAGUGGCGGUGCCCCUGGAGGAUCAAUCCGCCGGGGUCCAGGGACCCAAGAACAUGCGCGGCAUGGAGCUGUGCCUGCUCAAGAUCGGCGGCUUCGAGUGGAAGGGACUGACCAAUGUGAUAAUGUGCUUCUCGCCAACGAAAAUGAGUUGGUACGAGUUGACCGCCAUACCGCACAUCGAUCAGUUCUACUCAUUCUAUUGCAUUCCAGGCAACUUUGGCACUGCCGUUCUCAACAAUAAACUCUUCAUCGUGGGCGGGGCCUACGAUGUCUGUCUGAAGGAGUACAUCCAUCCGUUUGGCUUCUGCUACUGCCCCCUGAGAAAUACCUGGAUGACCAUUGCCCCCAUUCAAUUGGAUCGCUGUCGUUUCUCCCUCAAUGCGGUGGGCAAACAGCAUCUGUAUGCGGUUGGCGGAAUUCUGGACGACGAUAACUCCGAGGAGGCGCUGCGCAUGAUCUCAAAUGUGGAGCGCUACGACAUUGCCCAGAAUGAGUGGACCUAUAUGCCCAGUCUGCAGGAGAAUCGUAGUCAGCAUGCCGGCGUCGUUGUGGGCGAUAAGCUGUACAUAUCUGGUGGCAUCCAUUUGGCCAACAUUUUGGCGAGCAUGUGGGUCUUCGACACGAAGGCGGAACUCUGGCAGGAGCUGGCCCCGAUGCCCACGCCCUGCUGUGACCACGUCCUGGUGGCCGUCGACAAUCGGAUCUAUGCCUGCGGCGGAUGGCACGAGAGCCUGACGGAAUCGCGGGUUCUGGUGCAGCACAUUUAUGCGUACGACAUUGAGGGCAAUGCGUGGAGUGUGGAGACUCAGAUACCGGCGCCGAAAUUCUACUCCGGCGUGACUGCGAUGGGCCGAACCAUAUUCUUUGUGGGCGGACUCGACUCCACGGAGUCGAUCGAUCGGGCCAGUGCGGAGACUAUGGCCUACGAUCUGGACAGCAAGGAAUGGUGGCGCGAAAAGGACUCGUGGGACUCACCAAAUGAUGUAUGGGAGUCCACAUGUGCGGCCAUUUAUGUGCCCAUGUGCGAUUUCUGAUGGACGAUGAUGAUGAUAAACUAUAGUAAAAAGUCUCCUCCCCGUCACCAUUAUCUCCUCCUCCCCAUCGAAUUUAGCGAUUCUCAUGAUAUUUAUAUAUAGUAUGUGUAGCUAGUAGCGUAGACAUACAUGCGAGAUUUUGUGAUGACUGCACAGUGACAAAAAAUGUGCCAAGCACGGCAACGAGAACUGUUUAGACCGUAUAUGCCUUCAUUUCGCCUUUGAAAGAUGUUGAAGAUUAAUGUUAUAUUAAAUUAUUUAAAUAACUUGUAAUUCAAUUUGUAUAGACCGCAUAUGCCUUCAUUUUGCUUUUGAAUGAUAACAAUUAGUUAAUGUAACACUUGUAAGGCAACCUGUACUUAAAUUGUAUAGACUAAAAUAAGAAAGUUUGUCCUUAGCCCUAGAUUGUCCUUCAACGUCGAAACGACGUGGCAUGAUAACACACAUCUUUGUUUUUUUCUCAACAUUUGACUUGACUAAUUACUUAGUCAAGUUAACCAACAAUCUUCAUUUAAAAAAUCAUUGUUAGUUUUAAUUUUUAAGAUUGCAUACUGCCUAAUUUAUUAUUUUAAAAUGACAUUUGUUGAAUCGACAAAAUUAAGAGGGACCUUCUAGGGCAAAUAAUUGUGUAUAAAGAAUUUAUUCUUCUGUACUUUAGGUCUAUGGCAAUAAAUGAGAAAAUACAAAACAUAAUUAUUUAAA